AUGCCCCUGGCGUCACAACAUGACCAUGAGUGUGUCAACGCACCCUGGAUGAGCCAGAGGCACCUGCGGUUCGCCACCCACGGACGCAUGACCCGAGUGUGCGCAUGUCCGAGCUCCAGGCAGGCUCACCAUGCUGGCUUUAGUGAAUUCUGGGGUGGCGUGGCGUGUAGGGCCUUCCUAACUAGAAGUACACAAGGGUGGCAUGAUUUGGACAACACCGAAUACGACUGCUGGCCAUUGGAAAACCCACAUGAGUACAACAUGAUAGACUGCCAGGGUUUAGAGAUGGCUUGGGUACAGAGACCUUCGGAGAGGGUUCUGAGUGGUGAAGAAUUCAAUGUGACCUACGCAGUGACAGUGAACAACCACUUCUAUCAUUGGGCGGUGGAGAAUGGCAUUCUCUCACAUGGCAACGUUGAAGAAGCAAAGUCAUUCUGUGAAGAGAAGGAGUGUCCCUCGAACUGGAAGGAUGCAAAUGAAGACAACUGCUGUGUUCAUCAUGCCAACAUUCACUCCUGCCCAUUGGCAUUCAUGGUGAAAGAGGGGAUUUGUGGUCCUUGGAUCCCAGAUGAUGGUCAGAUAGUAACUCACACUGUGUCAACAGCAGGAAAGAUGAGUCAAAUGAAUUGGACUGCCAAGGUGGUCCUGGUCCAUCUCGGCGUGACGUCCCUAAUAGCUCACAUAAAAGUUGGACGAAUGCAAGCUGCACUGGAGGCAAAAACCUUGGUGCUACCUGCAAAAGUCUGUGGAGAUGAAAACUGCGAUGAAGAUGAAACAUGCUCCACGUGCCCAGCAGAUUGCGGCGAUUGCACUGCCACCAUCAAAAUUGCCAUAAGCUUCCCCAUCUCGUUGGUCUGCACCGGGCUGAUCCUCACCAUUGCGUGGUUCCAGUACCAAAAGCAAAAGAUGUUGUGGGAUGAAAGCUGGAUAAUCGACUUCAAUCAAAUUAAACAAGACCAGACCAUGGCGGGCAGUGCCAUCAGCAUCCCUAACGGAGCCAGUGAUUCCAAUGCCAGCUGUGUCACCACCAUCAGUUCCUGUACGGGAGCUCUCAAUGCAUCAAGGAAGCAGCACUUCACCCAGAUAGGAAUAUUCGAUGGCCGAACAGUUGCCAUCAAGAAGAUAAAGAAGAGAACUUUCACCCUUUCAAAAUCUAUUCGCAAAGAAGUGAAGCAUAUCCGGGAACUUGACCACCCAAACCUCUGCAAGUUUAUCGGUGGCUGCACUGAACUCCCAAACGUGGCGAUAAUAACGGAAUACUGCCCCAAAGGCAGCCUGAACGACGUGUUGCUAAAUGAAGACAUCCCACUGAACUGGGGCUUCAGGUUCUCUUUUGCAACUGACAUAGCCAGAGGGAUGGCCUACCUUCACCAACGUAGGAUUUACCACGGCAGGCUGAAAUCCACCAAUGCGGUGAUCGACGACCGGUGGGUUUGUAAACUUGCAGAUUUCUGCCUGCCAAUAUACAGGAAAGAGGACUUUUCUGAUCCCCCUAGUACCUACCGACAGAGGCUGAUUCAAGUAUACUUACCUCCGGAGGCCCAGCUGGCAUCGAACUUUGAACCCGCUCCUGCUGCAGAUGUAUACAGCUAUGCCAUCAUUCUACUGCAAAUUGCGACGAGAAGUGACCCUGUGCCGAGGGAAGAUGGAAAUUUGACUGAAUUUGGGAGGUGCCCACCUUUACCAGAAUUAAUAAGUGGAAAGUCAGAAAAUGCCUGUCCUUGUCCCUCCGAAUAUGUCAUGCUGAUUAGGAAGUGCCGUGCACAGAAUCCAAAUUACCGGCCCUCGUUCGAACAAGUCAAGAAGUACCUGCACAGGAUUAAUCCCAAUAAAGUCAGCCCUGUGGACAUGAUGAUGACUUUGAUGGAGAAGUACAGCAAACACCUGGAGACUUUGGUGGCCGAGAGAACACAGGACUUGGUCCAUGAGAAACAGAAAACUGACCGCUUGCUUUACAGUAUGUUGCCAAAGCAGGUAGCUGACGAUCUAAGGCAAGGAAUCAUGACUCAAGCCCAGAACUAUGCCAGCGCCACAAUAUUCUUCAGUGAUAUAGAAGGCUUCACACAGCUGUCAAGCAUGAGUACACCAUAUCAAGUUGUAGAAUUGUUAAACAAAUUAUACACAACCUUUGAUGAAAUCAUAGACAAUUAUGAUGUCUACAAAGUGGAAACUAUAGGAGAUGCGUAUAUGGUGGUUUCCGGAGUGCCAAAGGAAAAUGGCAUUGCUCAUGCAAGUCAAAUUGCAAGUAUGGCCCUGGAUUUGGUAGCUGUGUGCAAUACUUUCAAAAUCCCACACAAGCCUCAGACUAAGCUCAAGAUCCGGGCUGGAAUCCAUUCAGGACCCGUGGUUGCUGGUGUGGUUGGGACAAAGAUGCCCCGUUAUUGCCUGUUUGGUGACACGGUGAACACUGCUUCAAGGAUGGAAUCAACAAGUGAAGCGCUGAAGAUACAGUGCAGUUCCAGCACAUAUAGUCUCCUAGAACAGUUUGGAGGAUAUAUUUUAAUAUGCCGUGGCUCAUUUCAAAUAAAGGGAAAGGGCAACAUGAUAACCUACUGGCUUGAAGGGAAGCAAAGUUCGUCAUCAAACAUAACAGCAAGUGCACCAACAAAGCCCCCGAUGAGCAAAGCACAGCCAGAAAGUAUCGAUGCCAUCCCUGAGUCAGAACAAGAGAUGUACUGUGCUAUUCCUGGGUUACUGGACACUGAUCUCCAACCCACUUCCUGGUAGCCCACACAUCUAGAGUUUGAGACCACCAAGUAGACAUUGUUUAACGUUUUCAGCAAUUCAGGCUCCGCGUAGACUCUUGAGGAGCAGACUCGUAAGUUCAAAUCUCACACCAUGUCUCUGGGCAGUGAGCAAUUACAACGUAGUUAAUUAAAGGACAGGACAACGAAACACACUUGUAAUGUUAGGGACCACAUUGCAAAACAAAGAUUCGUAUUUACAUUGUUGUUUUCAUAGCUUCAGAGCAUCCAAUGUGUUUUAUAGCUGAUUGAGUACUUUUAUAAUAUGUGUAUUGUUGUAAAGUAGAAAAUGUACAUUGGUUUGUGAAGAGCAGGCUCCCUGAUCACAGUAGGUUGCUGGUACCAGAUAAUCUCUUUUAGUAGUGUUGAGUGAGAGAUAAAUAUUGGCCAAGGUACCAGGGAGAGAAUUGCUCUGUUCUUUGGGAGCACACAGGAAAGCAGAGAGGACCUCUGUUUAACAUCUCAUCCAAGAGCUGAUCUCACUGUCAGUGCAGCAUACCCCCAGUGCAUCUGAUGCUCUACUCCCAUCUCUGGAAUAGGAUGUGAACUUCACAACCCUCUGACAACUCAAAACUACCCCUCACAACUGCCUUGGUGGGGUAUGUUUCCCAAUAUCACAAUCCCAAUGCAACACUUAUGGUCAUUUGAAUCUUGUUGCCAUGUCAUUGUCUUGCUGUGUAUAAAUUUCGCUCAUGUGCGGAAGAACCAUUUAGUAGUUGAAAAGCUCAAAGUAAAUUUAAUAUCAAAGUACAUACUGUAUAUUUCACUAUAUACUACUCUGAGAUUUAAUUUCUUGCAGGCAUUCACAGUAAAUACAAAGAAACACAAUGGAAUCAAUAAAAAUCUGCACAUUAAAUAAGACGGACAAAAAAACAGUGCA